CCUUCUCUGGGUCGCUGGCGCUGCUGCACGUUUUUGGCUUAUCUCUGUUUGAAAACAAAUUCAGGGGCUGAGCCUUGCCUCAAAUUAGACUUGCAUGUAUUGAACUCACUGCUUCCCCAGAAAAUAGGAUGAAAGUUGUCCGUAUUCAAGCUUGCCUAACUGAAGGCCAUAGGGAGGAGCUGCUGAGUUGCUUUCACCAGGGAAAGCUCUCGGUUGUCCCUGAGAAGUGGCUGCAUUUUCCUUUUGUGUGUGAAUGUUUUCUCUUGGUGGGCCGGAAUCUCCUUCUUGCCUAUCUAAGUGUGAUGAGGCUGUCUGUCUUCUAGUUUCCUUCUGAUGGAAGAAUCUACUACUAACAGGGAUAUAUAGAGUGAAGAGAAUAUAUUGGAAAUACAAAUUCUGAAGAUUUGCCUUGCAGAAACAUAUCAAUGAGCUGUUGAUUUCAAGUAAUGUUAUCGGAGAUCUGAUAACUAAAUUCAGCUCUUCUUUUUCUAGAGCAGCACGUUUCUGUUUGACUCUCAUAUGCCAGCCUGGAUUCUUCAAAAACUCAAAGCCAGUCUUCGAAAAUAUGAGCCCUGACAAGAUUCACACUGUCCUGGAUACUUUGUGUUUGUGCUGCCACCGAAAAAACUGGCUUCACUCUGAGGUGAAAUGCUUCAGCUGUGGAAAAAGGCAUACUAAGGAUUGAAAUGAGUUUGCAUUGUGGAGGAUCCCCAUCAUGAAUAGGUAUACAACUAUCAAACAGCUGGGAGAUGGGACAUAUGGUUCUGUUCUCCUGGGAAAGAGUAUCGAAUCAGGAGAGCUGAUCGCCAUUAAGAGGAUGAAGAGGAAAUUCUACUCCUGGGAAGAAUGUAUGAAUCUUCGAGAGGUUAAGUCCUUGAAGAAACUCAACCAUGCCAACGUGGUGAAAUUGAAAGAAGUUAUCAGAGAAAAUGAUAAUCUGUACUUUGUAUUCGAAUACAUGAAGGAGAACCUUUAUCAGUUAAUGAAAGAAAGGAACAAAUUGUUUCCAGAAUCCACUGUCAGGAAUAUUAUGUAUCAGAUUCUUCAAGGGCUUGCAUUCAUACAUAAACACGGUUUUUUUCAUAGGGACUUGAAACCUGAAAACCUCCUUUGCAUGGGACCAGAACUUGUGAAAAUAGCAGACUUUGGUCUUGCACGGGAAAUUAGGUCCAGACCUCCUUACACAGACUACGUAUCCACAAGAUGGUACAGAGCUCCUGAAGUGCUCUUGAGAUCCAUUAACUAUAGUUCCCCUAUUGACAUCUGGGCUGUCGGUUGUAUCAUGGCAGAGGUUUACACGCUCAGGCCGCUCUUCCCAGGGGCCAGCGAAAUUGAUACUAUUUUCAAGAUUUGCCAAGUACUGGGAACGCCAAAAAAGAACGAUUGGCCUGAAGGCUACCAGCUUGCCGGGACCAUGAAUUUCCGCUGGCCUCAAUGCAUACCAAAUAACCUGAAGACCCUCAUCCCUAAUGCAAGUAGCGAGGCAAUACAGCUCAUGAGAGACAUGCUGCAGUGGGACCCCAAAAAGCGGCCAACAGCGAGCCAGGCACUCCGAUAUCCUUACUUCCAGGUUGGCCAAGCACUGGGCGCCACUCACUAUACUCAGGAGCUGGGAAAACAGAGAGACCUUCCUGAUAAAGCACAAGUCCCCAUUAAACCCAUUCCACCUGCACAGCCUCCCCCUAAAGCACAAGUUCGCCUUUCAUUCAGGCCAUUCCAGCAGAACCAGCCCUCCCACUCCCUAAUAUACCCAUACAAAACAGACUCCUCAGUGAGUGAUCAUUUAAGGGAAGACAAGCCUACUAGCCAGGUGGCUUUGCCAGAUAUUCACAAUAAGAUUCCUCAGCAGAGAACAGCCAUUGGGACAGAGAAAACAAAUGGUGAACUCAAACCAAAGAGCCGGCGUAGAUGGGGACAUAUUCCUGGAACACUAAAAGAUUCUGAGGACUGGGAGGAUCUGCAAGAUUCUGGUGUUAACACUUCCCUUUCCAGAAAGGAGUUUAAAAAUAAAGGACAGAGUGAUGAUGCUCUUUGUAGAUUUGAAAGUAUCUUGGAUCUGAAGCCAUCAGCCUGCAUAGGGACUGGAAAUAGUGCACCUUCCUAUCUUCGGCAGGACACACCAACAUUACAAGUUUCUGCAGCCAAACAACAUUACUUGAAACAUUCUAGGUAUUUACCUGGAAUAAGCACAAGAAAUAAUUUAGUCUCCAGUUCAAGCAAAGAUUCCAUCCCAUCUAAUCCAUGGCCCAGUUCUAGUCUGCCUGGAAAGACAUCAGCAGUGGCAGGAGGGAUCGCCAGGCUGAACUCCAGCCACAUAGGAUCAAGUGGGCUAAUGGGUGCUUACAUCCCUUCAUUUCUGAAAAAAGAAGUUGGCUCUGCUGGCCAGCGGGUUCAGUUAGCACCAAUUAUUGAUGCAUCUUCUACAGAUCCAUCUGCUCAACACACUUCUCUGAAGUCUAUCAGACCUCAUAUAGGGAGGCCGUCAUUUAACAUUCCUAUGAAAAGCACACCAGGGCUACUGCCCCACCCACCUCCCAUUCAACCAGUCCAUGGACGCACUGAUUGGUCUUCAAAAUAUGGCGCUCACCGUUGAAUUCUUGAGCUGGAGGACGCAUUUCAUGAACAGUGACCAACAAUAAGACUGUUUCCAAUAACAUUUUAUAAGCUGGCAGUUCUACCAAUCCAUACCGUGUAUGACCAAAACAUUUCAAGACUGUUUAAGAGGGUUUAUUUUUAGUGGUAUGUAUUUGAAUGGAAAUUUUUUGGUAUCGUUUUUACUACAUGAUUGGGGCAAUUAUUUUCAUAGGACCAAUACACAUUUGUAUAUCAGGUUUAGAAUUGUUGGUUUCUUGUUUGUUUUUGGCAUUUUUAUAUGAUGAACUUUUAACUUCUUUAAAGAUAACUAUUUUUCCGUUUGGGUCACUUUUUAUAUAAGUGAAUAAAUGUAGCAAAUUGUGGCAGUAUUUAAUAUAAUUACAGAUAAAAAGUGCAGAUAAAAAUAAGGGCAUGUACCAAAUACUUUAUAAUGUUAAAUUCUCAACAUGGGAUGUUGGGCAAAUAACCAGUUAAGUUUAGUAACUAGAGACCCAGUAACAUUACUUGUUUCAUCUUUGCUGUAGCAAAACAUAAAACUGUGUUGGGCAUAAACUUCUUCUCCUUCACGUGACUGAGGAUUAUUAGGGCUAGUUUAUCAGCAAGAUGAACAAGUAAAGCUUUUCCUUCAGGCUGCAGAUAAGAGAUUGUAUCUCUCCCCUAGGGUUGCCAGGUUCCUGGCCUGAGACUGAUCCUGUAUCUUUAGGAGAAGUAGGAGAAGAGAAA